AUGGAAGAUACAAGUCAACCAAUAGAAGUUGAUCGAUCUAUGUGUGGGGAUGAUUCAAUGAUAAGUCCUUCUCUAGAAGAUGAAUCUCAAACUAUGGGUCCUCUUAACGAUGAAAAUCCUAAGAAUAAUGCGUAUGGAAAGAGAGAGAGGCGGAAGACUUCGCCUGUUUGGAAUGACUUUGAUAUUGUAGAAGUUUGUGGUGUCAAGAAAUCGCAGUGUAAGUGGUGCAAAAAGUUGUUUGCCAUUUCUAGCUCAAGUUCUACUUCUACACUUGGUAGACAUUUGGUUGCAUGUCUCAAAUAUGUGGCUGCCAACAAGAAGCAAAAGUCCAUUGUUCUUGAUCCUAAUGCGGCGGGGGAUAUAUCUUUGUCAAAUUAUACUUUUAAAAUUGAGAGAUCUAGAGAACUUGCUGCUCACAUGAUUCUUUGUCAUGAUUAUCCUUUUAAUAUAAUGGAGCAUGAAUUGUUUAACAAGUUCUGCAAGUCCUUAAAUCCCCUUUGGAAGAAGGUUAGUCGUACAACCAUUAGGAAAGACUGUUUUACUACGUACAAUAUUGAGAAGAAGAAGUUGAAAACAUUGUUGACGGGGGUGGACAAGGUAAACAUCACCACGGAUAUGUGGACAAGUGCACAAAGAGUGUCAUAUAUGGUGGUGACUUGCCACUUUGUGGACUCCGAUUGGUUUCUUCAAAAGAGAGUGUUGAAUUUUUGUAACAUACCACCUCCACAUAGUGGUGUUGUUAUUGCUGAUGCACUGCGAAAGUGUUUUGGUGAUUGGGGCAUUGAAGACAAGGUAUUUACAAUAACGGUUGAUAAUGCUAAAGCAAAUGAUACUGCCAUUAGAAUUCUUAAAGAUGAUUUCGAGUUGAGGGAAGUCUUGCCUAUUGGAGGUAGACUAUUUCAUGUGCGAUGUUGUGCUCAUGUAACUAACUUGUUGGUGCAAGCAGGACUUACUGAAAUUGGAGACAUAGUUGAUUCAGUUAGAGAGGGUAUCAAGUAUAUAGUGGCUUCUGAAGGUCGAUUGAGAAAAUUUAGUGACAUUGCUAAAAGAUUGCAACUCCCUUGCAAGAAAUUGAUUUUAGAUGUCCCUACACGUUGGAAUAGCACUUACAUAAUGUUGGCGACAGCCGUACAAUUCAAAGAAGUAUUUCCUAGGUACCAUCAAAGUGAUCAAGCUUUUCAGUGGUUAGUAAGUCCUGAAGAAUGGGAGAAGGUUGAAAAUGUGAACCAACUUUUGUCAAUUUUCAAUGAGGUGACCAACAUAGUAUCUGGCAGUGAAUACCCAACAUCAAAUCUAUUUCUACCUGAGGUUUGGAGGAUGAAGGAAAUAUUGUUGUUGAAGUGUAGGGAUAAUAAUGAUUACAUCAGGGCAAUGGCGAGUAAAAUGAGUAACAAGUUUGAGAAGUAUUGGGGCAGUUGCAAUUUAUUGAUGGCACUAGCAGCUGUGCUAGAUCCGAGAUACAAAAUGAAGUUGAUAAACUUUUGUUUCCCUCUAAUUUACCCAGAGCCUGAAGCUUCUAUGAACAUUGAUAAUGUCCUAUCCGUUCUUCAUGAGUUAUAUGAGGUAUAUGUAGCGUCUCAUAAUUCAUCUAUUAUGCAACUGCAACAAAGUACUCAAGAAAAUUCUCGUUCUACAAGUGGUUCUACUAGAGUUGCUGCAGUCAAGAAAUCGACUGGUCGAUCAAUAUUUAUGGAACACAUAAGAUCUAAUAAUGUUGUGCGACCCACUAAAACAGAUUUGGAUGUAUAUCUUGAAGAGGACGUUUACAUAUGUGAAAAGGAUGUUAAUGGAGAAGACAUAGAUGCUGAGUUUGAGGCUUUGGCAUGGUGGAAAUUUAAUGCCUUGAAGUAUCGUAUCUUGUCUAAGAUGGCGCGGGAUAUUUUAGCUGUUCCAAUCACUACAGUAGCAUCAGAAUCAUCCUUUAGCGCUGGUGGUAGAGUCAUUGAUCCUCACCGAGCGAGAUUAUCCACCGAAACAGUAGAAAUGAUCUUGUGUGGGAGUGAUUGGGCUAGGGCAUUACAUGGACUUAGAAAAAACUCUAUAAUAGAUGAAGAUGAAGCUAUAAGAUCCACAGCAAAAUGGGUGAAGAUAAGAUCCACAGCAAAAUGGGUGAAGGUGUUUGAGAAGCUUGGACCAAGCUUAUACAAUUUUCUACGGAAAAACAAUUAUUGCCCAUUUCCCAUUGAUCUUGUCCGUGAGAUUGGCCAACAACUAUUGGAAUGUGUAGCAUUUGUGUAG